AUGCCGAAGAGAAAAGUGGCAGCGCUCGAGAAGAUCGAUGCAGACUUCGCGAGCCUACAAUACAAGAUCCGUCGGGAUCCCAAAUCAUACGUUGACGACUUCCGACGCCAAUUCGACCAGUAUGAGUCCCAGCGCGAAAUCUUCCUCGUGUCGCCGGCCGCUGCCUCGUCCGAGCAGGUCGAGUCGUUCCAGAACCUGAUCGACCUGAUCGCCCACGUCGCCGACUGCUACCCCGAAGAGACGGUCAGUUUCCCAGAUGACCUGAAGACGAUUCUGUCGCAGCACCACACGAUCCUGGGGUCGGAACUCAGGGACAAGAUCGUGGGCAGUCUGAUGCUGCUGCGUCGGAAGGAAGUCAUCGACUCCGCCAACGUGCUCACCUGCCUGUUCCCCAUUCUUGUUGCGUCCCCCAGCAAGUCUUUCAGGGCCGUGCUGUUCCAGAAGAUUCUCAGCGACAUGCGAAACUCGAACACCAAAGCCAUCAACCAUCCUCUGAACCGCACGAUCCAGACUGUCCUCUACAAUAUGGUCACAGCGGACCGAUCCUCGCCGAGAGCCAUUUGGGCAAUCAAGCUGACGAGGGAACUGUGGAAGCGUCAAAUAUGGACCGACUCGAAGCCCGUGGACGUCAUGAAGGAGGCCUGCCUAUCGGACAACGAAAAGGUGGCCAUCGGCGCAGUCCGCUUCUUCCUCGGCGGUGACAAGGAGCGUGAGGAACUGGAGGACGAGAGCAGCGACGAGGAAGUGGAUCUCUCCAAGAUCAGGCAUCAGAUCGGCAUCAACAAGAAGACCAAGAAGCAGAAGAAGGCGUAUGAGAAGGCCGUCGACAAGGUCCACCGCGCCGAGAGGAAGAAGAACAAGCCUCACCCUCUCAACUUCUCCGCCUUCCACCUCCUCCACGAUCCCCAGCAGUUCUCGGAGCAGCUCUUCUCGAAGCAUCUGCAAAACACCAAAGCCAAGCUGAGCCUGGACUCAAAACUCCUCAUCCUCCAACUCAUCACCCGACUUGUCGGUCUUCACAAGCUGACCAUCGUUGCGCUCUACUCGUGGUUCAUCAAGUUCCUCACACCGCGCCAGCAGUCCGUCACGUCCUUCCUUGCUUCUCUCGCACAGGGUACACAUAAUCUGGUGCCCCCCGAUGUUCUCGAGCCCUUAUUACAAAAGAUUGCGAAUGAAUUCGUCUCGGAGGCCUCGGCUGCUGAGGUCGCAGCCGCCGGUCUGAACUCAAUCCGUGAGAUUUGCGCCAGACAGCCGCUUGCUAUGACCGACACACUGCUUCAGGAUCUUGUUCAGUACCGGAAGAGCAAGGAUAAGGGUGUCAUGAUGGCCGCCAAGGGUCUUUUGUCGCUCUUCAGAGAAGUCGACCCCGAACUCUUGAAGAAGAAGGACCGAGGCAAGGACGCCACCAUUGGUCUCAGAGCCGGCACGCUGAAGAACAUGAAGUUCGGAGAAGAGGAGUCGGGUGGUAUCGAGGGUCUAGAACUCCUAGCCAAGUGGAAGGAGGAAGAGAAGAAGCGGAAACGUGUUGAACAGGGCCUACCGGAAACGGCAGGAAGCGAUGAGGAGAAUAAGGACGAGGAUGACGGCUUCAAUUCCGACGACUGGGAGGUCGAAUCGGACGACAGCAGCGUUUCGGGUGACUGGAUCAACGUGGACCAUUCUGACGAUGAAGCCCCGGCUCCCAAGAAGCGCAAGAGCGGAGAGGAAUCCUCCGAUGACGAGGAGGAGAAUGAGGAAGAGAGGGCGGCUGAGCUCGAGCGCAUGGCCAAGCUCGCCACAACCACCAUCCUGACACCGGCGGAUCUGGCGAAACUCCAGGAGCUCCGCACUGAGGCAGCUCUCGAGAGGGCCAUGGGUGGAAAGGUCCGCAAGGGUCAAUCCAAUAAUAAUCCUACCUCUCGCCACCUCGACGACGGGGUAACGGCCGAGAACAUCGAGGCCCCGGCCAGACUCCGCAAGCUGACCAAGGAGGAGAAGGUCGCCCUGGCCAAGGAGGGUAAGCCCGAGCGCGAGGAGCACAAGAGCACCCGGGCAAUCAACAGGUCCAAGAAGGACGCGGCCGGCAAGAGUACCAGCAACCGCGAGAAGGCACGGAAGAAGAACUUCUUGAUGACCCUAGGCAAAGCCAAGAGCAAGCAGAAGAGGAGUCUGGUCGAGACGAGAAAGGUGUUGAGGGGCCACAUUGAUAGGAGCACGCGUGGUGGUAAGAGGAGAAACGGAACAUAG